AUGUAUACCCUGACACGAACAGCCAGUCGACUCGGUCGAGGGUUCGCUACUCACGCCAGCAGUCCAACCAAGGACUGCUCAACCAUAACUCCGCCCUAUUCUACUCUCCUGAAGAAACUGGAAGAUGUUAGAAACAUCCUAGGUCGAGACAGGAAGUUGACUCUGGCAGAAAAGAUCUUAUAUGCGCACUUGCACGAACCUCAUGUCGACUUGGAGCGAGGAAAGAAGAUUAGAGGGGAGGCGUAUCUGAGACUGAAACCUCAGCGUGUAGCAAUGCAAGAUGCUUCUGCACAAAUGGCAUUGCUCCAAUUCAUGACUUGUGGCCUUCCCAAAACAGCUGUCCCUUCGUCUAUCCAUUGCGACCAUCUCAUUCAGGCCGCAGAGGGUGCAGAAUCUGAUCUUAAGAGGUCAAUUGUAACUAAUCAAGAAGUGUUUGACUUUUUGGAGAGUGCGGCAAAGAAGUAUGGGAUCGAGUUUUGGAAGCCCGGGUCAGGUAUUAUCCACCAAAUAGUACUCGAGAACUAUGCUGCUCCAGGAAUGUUAAUGCUUGGAACUGACUCUCAUACUCCGAAUGCCGGUGGCCUUGGAACAGUAGCUAUUGGUGUGGGAGGAGCAGACGCAGUUGAUGCUAUGACCAAUACUCCUUGGGAACUCAAAGCACCUCUUGUUACGGGUAUCCACCUCACGGGCAAGAUGGGCGAAUGGUCAACCCCGAAAGAUUUGAUCCUUCAUCUUGCUGGAAAACUCACCGUUCGGGGCGGGACCGGUCGUAUUUUGGAAUACUUUGGCUCUGGCGUUCACGCGCAAUCAUGCACCGGCUUGGCUACAACCGCAAACAUGGGCGCGGAGGUUGGCGCGACUACAACUGUGUUCCCAUAUACCGACAGCAUGCGCGCAUAUCUGCACGCGACUGGUCGAGGACCAGUAGCAAACGCAGCUGAUCAAGCGGCACAGGCCGGCUACCUGGCAGCCGAUGAAGGAGCUGAGUACGACGAUGUAAUUGAAAUUAAUUUGUCUAAGCUGGAACCGACGAUCAAUGGGCCGUUUACCCCAGACCUUGCUACACCUCUUUCGCAGUUCGGAGCAUUCGUAAAGAAAAAUGGGUGGAAGGAUGAAUUAAGUGCUGGCCUUAUUGGGUCAUGCACAAACAGCUCUUACGAGGAUAUGUCCAGGGUAACGUCUAUUGCUAGGCAAGCAAAGGCAGCGGGCCUCAAGGCAGCGGUCCCAUUUCUAUGUACCCCCGGGUCUGAGCAAAUUCGAGCGACAAUCGAGCGGGAUGGGUUAACUGAAUCCCUGCAGGGUAUUGGGGCAACUGUGCUUGCGAACGCAUGUGGACCAUGUAUUGGUCAAUGGAAGCGUGAAGAUAAGAAGGGGGAAGAAAACGCAAUCUUAACCUCAUUCAAUCGUAAUUUCAAGGCGCGCAACGAUGCAAAUAGCCUGACUAUGAACUUCCUCGCUUCACCAGAGAUAGUUACAGCGAUCAGCAUCAGUGGGAAGCUAUCAUUCAAUCCUAUGAUCGACAGCAUCACUACGCCCAGCGGUGAACAAUUCAAGUUUUCUCCUCCAGCCGGAGAUACCCUGCCCAAGGCGGGAUUCACACCUGGUGACUUAGCGUAUACGCCUAAGCCCAAUCCAGAACCCCUGCCCGAGACUGAGGUCGUGAUCAACGAGACAUCAUCUCGACUCCAAGUUUUGAAACCUUUCGACUCUCCUUUCGCAGGUCAGUCUGAGAAAGAGCUAAAAGACAUGGUUUGUUUGAUGCGCGUGCGAGGCAAAUGCACUACCGACCAUAUUUCCGCUGCGGGACCUUGGUUGAAGUACAAGGGGCAUCUAGAAAACAUAUCAGAAAAUCUUUUAAUAACUGCCGUAAACGAUGAAGGAGGAGAUGUCAACGUUGCUUUUGAUUGGGCACAUCCACCCAAGGAUGCUUCGCAUAGGGAUACGAUCCCUGGUGUGGCUAAAAGGCUAAAGGCCCGGAAUCAGCCAUGGUGCUUGGUUGUGGACGAUAACUACGGCGAAGGAAGCGCGCGGGAGCAUGCAGCCCUUCAGCCUAGGUUCUACGGAUGUUCAAUGAUCGUCGCGCGGUCCUUUGCUCGUAUCCACGAGACUAACCUUAAAAAACAAGGCGUGCUGCCGUUGUGGUUUGCUGACAAGGCGGAUUAUGGUAAAAUCCAGUCAGGGGAUCGAGUCGAGACGAUCGGGUUAGCUCAGGUUAUCGCAGGACAACAGGAUGUUCAGGUUGUCCUCCGUAUUUCCCCACGUAACGGAGAUGCAUCUUUCGACAUCGCUACCAAGCAUACAAUGUCUACGGACCAAUUGAAAUGGCUUCAGGCAGGGUCGGCAUUAAACUAUAUCCGUGAUUCGCGUGCCUCUGCGUAA